AUGGCCGCAAACCAGCAAUAUUUGGAAACCCCAACCGCGCACAAUACCAGGAUUCCAGGCGUCGGUAAUCUUUGGCCAGCGCUCGGAGUACCAGCAGAGCCUAGGUUCGAUACCUUUGACUGCCAGAUCACAGUCAAUGGCCAUGUCUUAGUUAAGGCAUCGAUUUCGGUCAGUAUACCAUCACCUGACAUCGUCCGAAUAGACCACUUGAGCACUGCGGAAGGUUCUCCGCUCCACCAAAACGACUUGGUCGAGCGGUUCUGUCAGCAACGCCAUACGACCCUCGCACAAAUCCCAUACCUGAUUAUCACGAAUGUCAUCGAACCCAGAACACAAGCAGCGUACGAUCAGGUCUAUAACUCGGUGGCACAAGAUGUUGGUCAAGCAGUAACGUUCAGGGCCACUGACCCCCAAUACGCAACCUUGCUUAAUACACCUAUCGGCAACACCGUACGCUUUGGAAUCCCACAGGGUGCCAACGGCCUGACAUUGAUGAGUCUUAAUGGUAGAAACAUGGCCUUUUGGGUAACUGCGGAAUAUACGCCUCCACCUGCACCUGCACCUCAUGGCUUUCCUCCAGCACCGAACCCAGGGCCAGCGCCAGCCCCACGGCGAUCCACUAGAACGUGUUGUGUUAUCAUGUGA